CUUCGUAAAAGUCUAAUUUAAACCGAUCCAACAAGUGAUUGAAUUGAUAAGGCUUAUUUUUUUUUUUUAAAUCUGAAUAAUAAUAUAAUAAAAUUAAAACAAAUAUAUUACCUAUUAAAACCCAUAUAAAGACCAAUUCUAAGAUUUUGUCAGUUUUUUUAAAUCGUAUUUAUAAUUAUAGUUGCACGCGCAGACGUCGGAGCAUCUCUAACCGCGGCCAUGUUGAAAUCCAAUAUAUACACACACACACACACACACACACACAAUAGAGACCAAAAUCGCCAGUCUUUUUUCGUAUAUAUAUAUAUAUAUAUAGGUACCCACCGUGUAGCGCAAAGUGCGCGCAGAGUGCAGACCUGUCUCUCCGUACGAUCGCGUCACAUACAGUAUACUGUAUAGAUCUCUUUCUCGCGCAAGUGCGCAUGCACUUGAUAGACAGAGACAGCACGAGUCUGCGGUCUGCUGACGUCCGUCGCCAUACCUAUAUACAUGUGUAUAUAUAAGCACUCUCUCUCUCUCUCUCUCUCUCCGCAUCUAUGUCGUCGGAGAGAGUCGUGUCCGCGUCCGCGUUGUUCAUCCACAGCAAGUCUUCCACGUAAACAAAGUGCAAUUAUACAAAAGAACGUCUCGUCGUUUAGCAGUGUGUAGCUGCAUCGGACGUGAGGAGUAAUUAGAGAGGAUAUUAUUAUUACAUACGAGAAACGUCUCUCUGUCUCUUUCUCGUUCGUGUGUAUGUGCGGGCUGUGUAUAUAUGUGUGCGCGCGUGCAGCUGCGCCAUGACCAUUCGAGUCGAGUUGUGUUCUCCUUUCUUUCUUCGCGGUAAUUGAUAAUCGCCGAGUAAACGGCGCCGUUCCGCUUCUAGGCAUUCUAAUGAGCCUGGCCCAACAACGGCAUAGGUGAAAUCGCAGCUCUACGUACUUACUGCACCAUCGGACAGAGAGACGAAUAUGGCUCUGCUGCAGUUGCUGUCCGAAUAGCUAUAUAGAGCCUCGGCCGGUCUCCUAUGUACAUAUACAUAUAUACCUAUACACCUUGCCAAAGAUUUUUCUCUUUUCCUCUCAAGGACGCGGCGUGUGUUUUUGUCGCGCGCGCAGCUGCGCCACAGCAGUGUAUAGCCAGCAGUUGAAGCUGAUAUUUUCGCAAUCGCGCCAACGCAUCGGAGCUGCCCUCGCGAAUUCCUCUCGACGUCGACGACGACUGCUAUAGUAGUCUAUACGUUUCAUCCUGUUGUGCUGCAUCGUAUAUUAUAUCAUCGCUGCUGCACACCAUACCAGAGUUGCAAGCUUGCAGUAUGCCCAGCGAGAUCUGCAGCUCCAGGCUAUUAUGGCAGCAGGAGAGGAUAGCCAAGUCAAUGCCACCAAUGCAUGCGGCAACAACAACAACAACAAUGCUGCCACUGCCAAGCCCCGACAGGAGAAGCAGUACGACUACCUGCUCAAGUUCCUCCUUGUUGGAGACAGCGACGUAGGAAAGCAGGAGAUUCUUUCUGGCCUCGAGGAUGGGGCAUUUGAGUCUCCGUUCUGCAGCGGUAGUGCCUACAAAACUACUACUAUCUUGCUGGAUGGAAAAAGGGUGAAACUGCAAUUAUGGGACACUUCAGGACAGGGAAGGUUCUGUACCAUCAUAAGAUCCUACUCCAGAGGAGCACAAGGAAUUCUCUUAGUUUACGAUAUAACAAACAAGUGGUCUUUCGACGGCAUUGACCGUUGGCUCAAGGAAGUAGAGGAGCAAGCACCCGGAGUACCAAAAGUAUUAGUUGGUAAUCGUCUUCACUUAGCUUUUAAGAGACAAGUAAGUGAGCGAGAUGCUGAAUUAUAUGCUGCUAAGAAUCGCAUGGCCUUUUUUGAGGUAUCCCCUCUUUGCGAUUUCAACAUAAGAGAGAGCUUCUGCGAACUCUCUCGAAUGGCUCUUCAUCGCAAUGGAAUGGAACGUUUGUGGAGAUCCAAUAAAGUCUUAAGUCUCCAAGAACUGGCCUGCCGUGCAAUUGUUGCAAGAACUACAGUUUACGGCAUAGAACAGCUACCAUUGCCUGCUUCUAUAAAAUCCCAUUUGAAGUCCUACGCCAUGACGACAGUACCACAGCUUCGACCCCGCCUCCACACCUCUUGUGGCAGUCGAACUCUCUGUACGAUUAAAGCUCUAAAUCUCGGCCACCGCAGGUGUGUACGCUUUGUGACUGGAAACAGUCCCAGCAGUGGAGGUUCCUCGACGCCUGGGAGUUCACCGUCCGGAAGUACUAACGACUCGCGAACGAGUUGCGUCGGUCGAAAUUCCUGUACGAUAUCUUGAUCAGAAAGAGCGUUGAUUCGCGUUCGAUUCAUUGUGCGUUACAGCGUCUAACGGCGCAUAUCAAUUCUGUUCCUUCUACACUAGCACUUAAUGAAAUUCGAUAUGAAUUUAACAAAGACUCGAUAAAUUAUGAUACUUUGAAAAAAUAAUUUAUCGCAUCAAUCCGAUAUGUUAGUUCAAAGCAUUAAUCAUUGCAGGGUAAAUGUUUAAGUAAGACUUGUCUAAAGUAUUAGUGUAGAAGAGACAUUCAAGUGGACGUCCAUCCUCUAUCCUUUGAGAAAUUUAUGAAAUUUCUUCAUAGUGGAUAGGGAAACCUCGAAACGGGCAAUAUAUGACUUAAUUAAGUAAGUGUAAGUGAUAAAUUCGCGUGCGCGUGUUGUAUUUGAAGUGCAUGAGAGCAUUAUAAUCCUAUACACAUGCAAUUCUUAGUUUUUGAAAAUUCAAGAUUCCAUUGUAACGAAUGUAGAAGCUGUUAUGUUUUUAUCUUGUUUCUUUUUUUUUUACAAAAAUUGUUAGGACAAAAAGUCCUCUAGUCGGAUUAAGAAAAUUCAUAUUUAAUUGAUUUUUCAUUGUAGUAAUGCAAUAAUAAUCGGGUAUGAUUGUUAAUUUCAUGCGUCCAUUGUAAAAUCCAGAGUAAAUAUACUUUGGUGAAUUGUGUUCUAUAAACUUUGCAACAAUAUGUACAAACAAUUUUUUACACUCUUCCACAUUAACCUGACUAUCAUCAGCAACAGUAGCGAGCUAGUCACAGUGAUGAAUUUCAAGCUGUAAACAAAACUCUCUUUUCUUCCGUACUUGCUGUAAGUUUGUUUUGAUUUAACAAAACGUGUAUUUAUAUAAAAAAUCUAUGUUUAAAGAUUGUACAAACUUGACAGGGUUCGUCUGAUAAUCGAUCUGAAGAAAAUGUAACGGCAUUAAUCCGAUUAUUAGUUAGAAGCCAUCAUAUUGAUAGAAGGAAUCGAUCAAGAAUUAGAAAUGUUGGGAUGCUAGAUAGAACUGUACUAAUGUUUUCAAAGUUUUGAACGAGAACUGAAAAAAUGCGUGUAUAAAAAAAAGACGAAAAAAUGUUGUCUUAUUAUUUAUAUGUAUACGCUACUGUAAGUCGAUAAAAAUGCGAUUGUAAAAGAACUCGAUGCCAAUCAUAUUUUUGUACAUCUUGUAUAAAGUAUUUUAUGUUACUUACUAAACUUCUCGUCGACGUACGUAUAGGUGUGGGUGUAUGAAUAUUUGAAUCAUGUAAACAAAGUGCGUGUAUAUCGCUCAUAGACAAAAUGUGAAACACUUGUAAUAUAAACAGCAUUCAAGCACA